AUAAGAUGUCAAUGACACUGUCAGUUUAUUAAAUUGUACAAAAAUAUUUACUUUUAUAAAAAUAGUAACCAUGUCUAAAAUCGAAUCAAACUUUUACAAAGCGGCCGCAAAAUACUGGGCUACAAUUCCCGCAACCAUCGACGGCGUCCUGGGCGGGUUCGGCCAUAUCUCAAAUGCCGAUAUUAAAGGAUCUAAAGCUUUCAUAGAAGACCUGUUUGCCCAGGGGAAGGGUACAGCUAAAGCCCGUGCCCUAGAUUGUGGUGCGGGCAUCGGCAGGGUCUCCACGCAACUCCUGAUGCCGAUCUUUGAAAAAGUCGAUCUUGUAGAACAGGACACGAAGUUUGCACUCUCAGCUAAAGCGGAGUUCGGUGACGAUAAUCCAAAAUUAGGAAAAAUAUACGUCGAAGGCGUCCAGAACUUCAAACCGGAGCACCAGUAUGACCUUGUUUGGUGCCAAUGGAUAACUGGACACCUGAAGGAUUACGAUCUAAUUGACUUCUUGAAGAUUCUCAAAGGAGCUCUUACAGCCAAUGGUGUUAUUGUGAUCAAGGAUAAUGUGACAAGUGAGAAGACUAUUGAAUAUGAUGAGGAAGACUCAUCUGUGACGCGGCCGUUGCUUCUCUUUGAGACUAUCUUUAAGGAAGCUAAACUGAAAGUAAUAUCCCAGCGCAUUCAGGACGAGUUUCCUCAAGAGAUUCAUCCAGUAUUCAUGUUUGCUUUGGCUCCGUCUGAAUAGUAAAAAGUAAUACAAUCGACACAACAUAUUUCAGCAUCUAUAGAAGGUAAAUUGUGCUGGAUAUUAAUGAAGUGAGGCCAGUCGUGAGGGCGUCCCACUACAAAGCAAGCGAUCAAACUAACUCAAAGUUGCAAGCAUUUGCAAGUGCAUUCACCGAUUCCCUUUCGAGAAUUACAAAAUUAUUACAUCA